AGUGGAACAGCGGAAAAGCGUGAGGACAGACACAUUCGGCAGCCAGAGGACACGGUGGACAGAGCGGAGCACUUGUAGACAAUAUGCCGUUCUUCGGGCCCAAGGCGCUGCUGCUUGUCAUGGCACUCAUUAUUCCCUCUGGCUGGCUACCCCUAGGGGUCCGUGGUCAACGAGGAGAUGAUGUGAUCCAAUCGUUCACAGAAGAUCCUAAUCUGGUGAACGACCCUUCUACAGACGAAACAGUUCUGGCUGAUAUCACACCUUCCACAGAUGACCUGGCCUCAGCCGGUGAUAGAAAUGCUACCGCAGAGUGCCGGGAUGAGAAAUUUGCUUGCACAAGACUGUACUCUGUCCAUCGGCCAGUAAAGCAGUGCGUUCAUCAGGUCUGUUUCACCAGUUUACGGCGCAUGUACAUCAUCAACAAUGAGAUCUGUUCCCGACUUGUCUGUAAAGAACAUGAAGCUAUGAAAGAUGAGCUUUGCCGGCAAAUGGCCGGCCUGCCUCCAAGACGACUCCGCCGCUCCAACUACUUCCGACUUCCUCCCUGUGAAAACAUGAAUUUGCAGAGACCCAACGGUCUGUGAUCAUCAAGGAAGAAAGUGUGGGUGAGAGGAAUCAGACAUUCCUUCUCCUCCACCCAACGUCGUCUGUCCCAUAGACAUGUACUUCUUAAACUAAGCCCUUUGCAAUGUCCAGGCUUUGACCCUACUGUCUAAUUUUCACGGGCACUGGUAACUUUUGUCUCAUUUUGCAGUACUGACAAUACAGUGUCUCUAUUGUUGCGUGGUUUUGCUGAUUUCCAGUAUCAUAGACAAGGUGGACCAACGAUGACCACACAACUUAGGUACACUCCGCAUUCAGCCCUCAUAGAAGAAAGGGUUCUGGGGAGCUUAGCUCAGUUGGCAGAGAAUUUCCCUAGCAUGUGAGAAGCCCUAGAUCUGAUGGUAUAAAGCUGAGCACGGUCGUGCAGGAAGAUCAGAAUUUUAAGGUCAUCUUGGGUUACAUAUCAAGUUUGAGGGCAGCCUGGGCUAUGUGAGACCCUCAUCUCAGAAGGUAACUUUAGGUUAAUAAUCUUUGUUUUUGUUUUUUAAUGGUGCUAUGGAUCGAACUCGGGGCCUUGUACAUGCUAGUCAAGUGCUCCACCAUUAAGUUACAGUCUUAUCCUCUAAGUUAGUAAUUGUAGUUAUUAAAUAUGUCGGUGAUAGGAGCAUGGAACAGACUCCUCAGUUUUGGCUAGCCACAGAACUUCAUUCAGUAGACUUCUAGGUGUUUCCUAGAUUAAUGCCUCAUCAUUUACAUAUGUAAAAUGUUGCCUUCAGAUAAGCUCAGAGUCUGGGGAAGAAAUGAGAGAACUCUAUCAGGUAUGGAACUUGACCCAUAGUUUCCUAUAUCAUUUCUAGAGCAAGCUGUCUAAUCGGGAAGUAGAGCUGGAAAGUAAACCUCAUUUUCUCACCCAUCUCUGGCAGGACGGGGGCCAGCCCAUCUCCACAAAGCUAACUACACAACCUAAUGUGACACUGUGGCCACAAUCAUACCAGGACAAAACGCACCCCCUCUCCCCUUUGAUUUCUGCUAGCACAGCCCCCUGCUUGCCGGGCACAGCCUCUACCACUGGGCCAUAUCCUCCCCCAUUCCAUCUUAAAUAAGUGACUAAUUAUGUAUUAUGAACACUUUUGUCUGAAAAACUCAACUACUUUCUGCAAAACCCAAUGGCGUUCUAGUGAGAGUUGGGCAAAGACAAUACACACCACCACAGGAGGUGGGUUCCUCACAUGCCGCUGAGAAAGUAGCGAAGUGGGGCCAGGUGCUUGCUAUUAGGAAACAAUAGAAGCCAAUGGGACCUGCAAAACUGAUUCA